CUGGCUGCCUGGAUUCUGCUCCUAGAGGCAAAGCUGCAAAAGAAAGAAAGAAAAAAUCUUUAAAGGAAUGUGAGAAGGGGGAGCUGGAAAGAAGAUUCAGUAUGUGAAGCAAAGGGAAGAGGAAAAUAAUCUGAAAGCCAUGAGAGAAACGAGAGUCUGAAGGAGAACCAAUGGCCAAAAACCGUGGCUUUAAUGGUAACCUUUUAGAAGGAGGCUGACCGAGCUACCAAGAAAAAUACACGCAAGGGGCAAAAAUAGUUUUCUAUACCCUCUGUAGAGCAGGCUUUGUGACAUAAUACCAACGGUCAACAGCAGUAUGGGACUUUUCCAGUUCUGCAAGCUUCCUGCAGGCCCAGUCAGGAAGAACAGAGUACAGCUCAUCCUGUGCUGUUUCCUACUGUCUCUUAUCAUAUAUUUCUUUCAUGGGCCUAAAGCUGCUGUCAGUUUGGAGUCAGCCCGUCCCUUCGCCGAGGUGUUGGCAAUGAAAGACGGAACGAUACUGAAAGGCAUGUCUGCAAUCAAGACGCUGGUCUCAAAAACUCCACAAGAGACAUCGUGGGGGGCUCCGUUAGUGUGGGGGGACAGCCACAAUUCGGUGUUGCGCAGGGCCCGCCUCUCGGAGCAAGAAAUCCCAGUGGGCCUGUUGGUCCUUGUGGUCGGCACCUAUGCGCGGUUUGUCCGUCCUUUCCUCUCCUCAGCUGAAACCCACUUCCUCCCUGGUCAGGCGGUCACGUAUUACAUUCUCACGGACAAUCCUCGUACCCUGGAUCCUCCGCUUGAGCUGGGCCCCGGAAGGCAGAUGAGGCUUCUUCCGGCUGCGGAGAUGCCCGGCUGGGACAGGUUGGCUCACCGUCGGAUGGUCCUGUUUGCCGAAGCCAUCCGGGAGUUGAUUGGCAACGAGGUUGAUUAUGUCUUCUGCGCUGAUGUUGACCAGGUGUUUGUAGCUCCGGUAGGGGAGGAAAUCCUUGGAGACCUGGUGGCUACGCUGCACCCAGAGUUCUUUGACAUGCCACGAAACAGACUCCCGUACGAAGACCAAGAAGAUUCAGCCGCCUGUGUGGAGGAGGACGAGGGGGACCACUAUUACACCUCAGAGUUUUACGGCGGGACGGUUUCUCAGAUGCGCAGGCUGGCUCGGGACUGUUCUUUGCUCAUACUUCAGGACGUGGCAAACCAGGUGACAGCCAGAGCACUUGAGGAGAGCUACCUAAACCGCUACCUGAUCGACCACAGGCCCACCUGUGUGCUGUCACCAGAGUACAGCUGGUGGGAUUCGCCCCUGACUGCUCAUGUGCCCAGAAAGAGGCUGGUCUCAUUAGGGAGGCAGUGUGAGGUUUAUGACAUGGCCAAAAGAGAGCAACAGAGAUGUUGAAAUGUAAAAAAAAAAAAAAAAAGAAGAAGUACAGGAGUACACGUCUGAGUUUGCAGUGGCUUGGGAAGGUAUUGAGCCUUGUCAAAUCCCCACAACAAACUUCAAUGUGUUUCAUUGGUAUUCUGUGUGCAAGACCAACACACAGUAGAGUGUUGUCGUGGAGUGGAAGGAAGAUGAUGCAUGGCUUUCUAAACUUUUUUACAAAUGAAAUAUCUGAAAAGAACAGUAUCUUGUUAGCGCCACUGAGUCAAUGCUUAGCCGGACCACUUUUCACUCUACUUAUAGCUGCAAGACUGUGGGGACAUGUGUGUCUAGCACCUUCACAUCUCAAGGUGAAAAGGUUGCCCAUCCCUCCUCUGUUAGGUCAAGCUCAAUUGGAGGUAGGUCAGUGCUUUGAGUGGAUCAUUAAAAACCAUUAAUUUACGUUGAUCUUAACCAUUCCGUUGUAACUCUAGUUGUAUGUUUCGUGUCAGUCCCGUGCUGGAAGAUGAACCUCCAUCCCUGCCUAAAGUCUUUGCAGCCUCUCACAGGUUUUCUUCCAUAAUGCCCCUCCUUUAGCUCCAUUUAUUAUCUCUGACCAGCUACCCCAUCCCUCCUGACGAAAAGCCUCCCCAUACAAUGGUGCUGCCACCACCACGGUUCACCAUGGGGAUAGCGGGUUCAAGAUGAUCAGCAAUGUUAGUUUUCCACCACGCGUAGUGCUUUGCGAGUAAUUCAAUUAAAUUUUCAAUUCAAUUUUAUUUAUAUAGCGCC